CAGACCAAGCUCCACACAAAGAUUUUAUCUCGUUGCGUCGGAGAAAUGAACAGCACCAACUAGCUGAUUUAGAUUUUUGCGUCGUUUGGAAUAAAAUGAUGAAUUCCUCUCUUUCUCUCUUUGCGCUGUUUGCUCUUUUCUGCUUGAGAUGAUCAGAUAAGCUCCUUUGUCAGCUUGCUGCUGUUUACGCAGCCCGUUCUUUAUUGGACUUAAAUAAACACUUAAGUAAUAAAUUGAUGCAUUAAUGAGACAAUGAGAAGGACAGUUUAUUUGCGAUUGUGUCCUUGUGCGUGUUUCUGCACGACGCGCGUCAGAGCACUGUGGGGGUUGAAUUCUCCAUAGAGAUAUACUGGCUAAUUGACAAGGUAUCGGUUGGCAUUAAUUACACUGUGCUUACAAUAUUAGACACAAAAAAACGUCUCUGUACUUCUGACGCACAGCUGAGGCCGGAAUCGGGAGACGUAUGUGGAUGUGGUUUUAUUCUAAGAUAAUUCGGUAACUGCAGGACACCUAUGGUUGCUCGCUAUCAUGUUGAGCCGUCUGUUCAGCGAGGUGCUGCCGGACGUCCAAAGGCUCGCUGCCGACUGGGUGGAGGACGACGAAAGCGAUGGCUGCAAGGUGAAGGAUGAGCACGAGCGGUGUCACCUGGGAGACGACGACCUGGACGAGCCGCAGGAAGGGAGCAGCCGAGCUGAGUCCGAAAUGGCCGGAGAUGAUGAUGAGGACGACGAGGCAGAGGAAGAGGAGUGCGUGGAUGAAAACGGAGACAAGCCCAAGAAGCGCGGCCCGAAGAAACGAAAGAUGACGGCGGCCCGGGUGGAGCGUUCCAAGGUGCGGCGGAUGAAAGCCAACGCGCGGGAGCGCACGCGCAUGCACGACUUGAACUCUGCGCUGGACAACCUGCGCAAAGUGGUGCCGUGCUACUCCAAAACCCAAAAACUGUCCAAGAUCGAGACUCUGAGGCUGGCCAAGAAUUAUAUCCUCGCCCUCGGAGAGAUUUUACGCAACGGGAAGCGUCCAGAUGUUGUGACCUAUGUGCAGAUGUUGUGUAAAGGCUUGUCUCAGCCCACCACCAAUCUAGUGGCAGGAUGCCUGCAGCUCAACACCAGGAACUUCCUGACUGAACAGUGCGCAGACGGAUCCCGGUUCCACAUGCCCAGCUCUCCGUUCUCAGUCCACCCUUACUCAUACCGGUGCUCCCGCCUCUCCAGUCCGCAUUACCAGUCCGGGAGCAGCGCCAUGAACCUGCGAGCCCACUCCUACAGCUCAGGCUAUGAGGGCGUGUACCUGCCGGGGGGCACGUCCCCAGAAUACAACAGUCCGGACUACGAGGGCCAGCACAGCCCUCCCGUCUGCCUGAACGGAGGACUCUCUGGGAAGCAGCAGGAGUCCUCAGACAAUGACAGGAACUAUCAUUACUCUAUGCAUUACUCCGGACUCACCACGUCCAGACCCGGCCACAGCCUACACUUUGGACCCUCGGGAGCGCGCAGUGGUGGCGCGCACUCAGAAAACAUUCCACCUUUCCACGACGUCCACUUGCACCACGACAGGGCGCCGCCAUAUGAGGAACUGAAUGCGUUUUUCCACAACUGAGCUGGGAAACUUGUCCAAGCAGGCUUAGAUGGACCCUAAACGGACAAUCCUUCAACUGUUCUGAUGUUCUGAACCCGAGAGGAGCUCCUGCGCAGACACGGAAAUGACAGAUUCUGACCCUCUGUAUUCUGAUGUCUUCUGUAUACUGUUGUAUCAAACUGUGACCUGUAUUAUUCUGUAUGCAGAAUGAGUGAUGUAAAAGCCAAACAUAUUAUGACACAAACAACGGAAAUAAAGACAAAAGAGUGUUUUAGAA